GCCUGAGGUCGCUUACUUCUGCCGCGCGGCGGUAGACGGGUUCUCCAGCGGAGGGUGGAGACGCGUAGCCCAGGCUCCCUGCAACGUUCUGCGAAGCCAGUCGGACACCAUGGCGGACAGCCGAGAUCCAGCCAGCGACCAGAUGAAGCACUGGAAGGAGCAGCGGGGCGCGCAGAAACCUGACGUCCUGACCACUGGGGCCGGCAAUCCAGUUGGAGACAAACUGAAUGUUAUUACGGCAGGGCCCCGGGGGCCCCUUCUUGUUCAGGAUGUGGUUUUCACUGAUGAAAUGGCUCACUUUGACCGGGAACGAAUUCCUGAGAGAGUCGUGCAUGCUAAAGGCGCAGGAGCUUUUGGCUACUUCGAGGUCACGCAUGACAUUACCAAAUACUGCAAAGCCAAGGUGUUUGAGCAUAUUGGAAAGAGGACUCCCAUUGCGGUUCGAUUCUCCACUGUGGCUGGAGAGUCGGGCUCAGCCGACACAGUUCGUGAUCCUCGAGGGUUUGCAGUGAAAUUUUACACAGAGGAUGGUAAUUGGGAUCUUGUUGGAAAUAACACUCCCAUAUUUUUCAUCAGGGAUGCCAUACUGUUUCCGUCCUUUAUCCACAGUCAAAAGAGAAACCCUCAAACGCACCUGAAGGAUCCGGACAUGGUCUGGGACUUCUGGAGCCUGCGCCCCGAGUCUCUGCAUCAGGUUUCCUUCUUGUUCAGUGAUCGAGGGAUUCCAGAUGGACACAGACACAUGAAUGGAUAUGGAUCACAUACUUUCAAGCUGGUUAAUGCGAGUGGAGAGGCAGUUUAUUGCAAAUUCCAUUAUAAGACUGACCAGGGCAUCAAAAACCUUUCUGUUGAAGAUGCAGCAAGACUUUCCCAGGAAGAUCCUGACUACGGCCUCCGGGACCUUUUCAAUGCCAUUGCCACAGGCAACUACCCCUCCUGGACUUUUUACAUCCAGGUCAUGAAGUUCAGUGAGGCAGAAGCCUUUCCAUUUAAUCCAUUUGAUGUCACCAAGGUUUGGCCUCACAAGGACUAUCCUCUUAUCCCAGUUGGUAAACUGGUCUUAAACCGGAAUCCAGUGAAUUACUUCGCUGAGGUUGAACAGAUGGCGUUUGACCCAAGCAACAUGCCACCUGGCAUCGAGCCCAGCCCUGACAAAAUGCUUCAGGGCCGCCUUUUUGCCUAUCCUGACACCCACCGCCACCGCCUGGGGCCCAACUAUCUUCAGAUACCCGUGAACUGUCCUUUCCGUGCUCGAGUGGCCAACUACCAGCGUGACGGCCCCAUGUGCAUGCUGGACAAUCAGGGUGGUGCUCCAAAUUAUUACCCCAAUAGCUUUAGUGCUCCCCAAGAGCAGCGUUAUGCCAUCGAACAUAGCAGCCGGUGUUCUCCGGACGUGCAGCGCUUCAACAGUGCCAACGAAGACAAUGUCACUCAGGUGCGGGCCUUCUAUACGAAGGUACUGAAUGAAGAGGAGAGGAAACGCCUGUGUGAGAACAUUGCUGGCCAUCUGAAAGACGCACAACUUUUCAUCCAGAAGAAAGCGGUCAAGAACUUUAGUGAUGUCCAUCCCGACUAUGGGGCCCGCAUCCAGGCUCUUCUGGACAAAUACAAUGCUGAGAAACCUAAGAACGCGAUUCACACCUUUAUGCAGCAUGGGUCUCACUUGGCUGCCAGGGAGAAAGCGAAUCUGUGAGAGUCAGGGCCCUGGUCUUGCCAAGGUGGCUCUCCACCUGUGAAGCAAAGCAUGGUGUCCACUCUUGGCUGGAUAGAAGGUUCUCCUGUGCUGGGUGCGCGAAGGCAAGCUCAUGUCUUUAAAAUGCUAAUCCAGGUUUCUGUAACAGCUAAUGCAGCAAUGGCUUUUAAUGCUGUUCCCCUAGAAGGAGGUGAGGGUCAGGGCUUAACCAGCCUUUUUAAAGAAAAUGUAUUUGCUUUGGCAUUUGGAUUCUUCACUUAAGAUGACUGGAAUCAAAGACGAUUUUAUUUGAUAAUAAAAAAAUCUUGCUGAAA